AUGCCAGACUUUCAGUUGGAAUCUCACACAUUAAAAUCUCAUGGAGUCAAAGUGGCUAAAGUGCACAAAUAUGAUUGGUUAAUUCUUCUGCUUCUUGCGGCGGUUGAUAUAACUUUGAAUGUUAUAGAGCCUUUCCACCGUUUUGUUGGCGAGGAAAUGAUGACUGAUCUGAAAUACCCUUUUCAUAAGGACACCAUACCUUUUUGGGCUGUUCCAAUUUACGCAGUAAUCUUGCCUCUUGUCAUCUUUCUCCUAUACUAUUUUUGCAGAAAGGAUGUUUAUGAUUUGCACCAUGCCAUAUUGGGUCUUUUCUAUUCUGUUCUUAUAACUCUUGUUAUAACUGAUUCAAUCAAAGAUGCUGUUGGUCGCCCCCGUCCAAACUUCUUCUGGCGGUGUUUCCCUGAUGGAAUAGGUGAAUUUGAUCCUGUCAGUGGCAAUGCUAUGUGUAAUGGAGAUAAGAAAGUUAUCAAGGAAGGACAUAAAAGCUUUCCUAGUGGGCAUACUUCAAUUUCAUUUGCAGGUCUUGGUUUCCUUGCAUGGUAUUUGUCAGGGAAAAUUAAAGUGUUUGAUCGUAGGGGCCAUUCUGCAAAGCUCUGCAUAGCAUUUCUUCCGUUACUCUGCGCUGCUCUUGUGGGAAUCUCUCGUGUGGAUGACUACUGGCAUCAUUGGCAAGACGUCUUUGCUGGAGGUCUUAUAGGAAUUACCAUAGCUUCAAUUUGUUACUUGCAGUCCUUCCCUCUUCCAAACCAGCACGAUGGGUGGGCACCUCAUGCAUAUUUUUCCAUGCUGGCUGCAGAGAGGAAUGGUGGCCAGUCCCUGUCCCCGGCCACAAGGGCUAAUUCUCUUCGUAUGCGGAGAACAGAUAUGGACAGUCCAGAUUUCACUCCACGAGAUACCAGUCCACCACCCCACCAAUUACUGGAAGAAAUGGAAACUGGGAGAAGAUACUGA